CUGUGUCCUCCACGCUGUGUGUCCCGUGUGCUGUGUCCUCCACGCUGUGUGUCCCGUGUGGCGUGUUUCUCGUGUGCACUUUGUUUCUGUGUUUUUCCUCCGCAUGUCUUUGUUUUUUUUAAGCCUUUUUUGAGCGAAUGUUUCAAAAAAGGCUGACCUGACGCUGGUUUCUCUCUCUCUCUAAACUCUCUCGACCUGCUCCCCUGGACUCUCGCACCAUGCGCCGCCUCGCAGGAAGAUCCAAAGCGAGAGAGGAGAACGUGGCCACGUUCCGCGGCUCCGAGUAUUUGUGCUACGACCUCUCCCAGAACCCGAUCCAGAGCAGCAGCGACGAGAUCACCCUGUCCUUCAAAACGCGCCAGCGCAACGGGCUCAUCCUCCACACCGGCAAGUCCGCCGACUACGUCAACCUCGCGCUGAAGGGGGGCGCCGUCUCUCUCGUCAUCAACCUCGGCUCCGGGGCCUUCGAGGCCAUCGUCGAACCGACCAACGAUAAAUUCAACGACAACGAGUGGCACGACGUCAAGGUUACACGGAACCUCCGCCAGCUCUCUGGCAUUGGACACUAUAUGGUGACGAUCUCGGUGGACGGCCUCCUCACCACCACCGGCUACACCCAGGAGGACUACACCAUGCUGGGCUCCGAUGACUUCUUCUACGUAGGGGGAAGCCCGAGCACCGCCGACCUUCCGGGGUCCCCCGUCAGCAACAACUUCAUGGGCUGCUUGAAAGAGGUGGUGUAUAAGAACAACGACAUCCGCUUGGAGCUGUCCCGCUUGGCCCGUAUCGGUGACACCAAGAUGAAGAUUAAUGGGGAUGUGGUGUUCAAGUGCGAGAACGUGGCCACCUUGGAUCCCAUCAGCUUCGAGAGCCCCGAGGCCUACAUCAGCCUCCCCAAGUGGAACACCAAACGCAUGGGAUCCAUUUCCUUCGACUUCCGCACCACCGAAGCCAACGGCCUCAUCCUCUUCACGCACGGCAAACCCCAGGACCGGAAGGAGGUCAGGAGCCAGAAGAACACCAAGGUGGACUUCUUUGCGGUGGAGCUGCUGGACGGCCAUCUGUACCUUCUGCUGGACAUGGGAUCCGGGACGAUCAAGGUGAAAGCCACCAGCAAGAAAGCAAACGACGGAGAAUGGUGCCACGUGGACAUCCAGCGGGACGGCAGAUCAGGCACCAUCUCCGUGAACAGCAAGCGCACUCCGUUCACCGCCAGCGGGGAGAACGAGAUCCUGGACCUGGAAGGGGACAUGUACCUGGGGGGGCUUCCCGACAACCGCGCCGGCCUCAUCCUGCCCACCGAGCUCUGGACGGCCAUGCUCAACUACGGCUACGUGGGCUGCAUCCGGGACUUGUUUAUCGACGGGCGCAGUACGAACAUCCGGCAGCUGGCCGAGGCGCAGAACGCAGCGGGGGUGAAGCCGUCAUGCUUGCGCAUGAGCGGCAAACAGUGUGACAGUUACCCCUGCAAGAACAACGCCGCCUGCAGGGACGGCUGGAACCGCUUCGUGUGCGACUGUACCGGCACCGGCCACUGGGGGAGGACCUGCGAGCGGGAGGCCUCCAUCCUGAGCUAUGACGGCAGUAUGUACAUGAAGAUCAUCAUGCCGGUGGUGAUGCACACGGAGGCCGAGGACGUGUCCUUCCGCUUCAAGUCCCAGCGCGCCUAUGGGCUGCUGGUGGCCACGACGUCCCGAGACUCGGCCGACACACUGAGGCUGGAGCUGGACGGAGGGAAAGUCAAACUCACUGUAAACUUAGACUGUAUCAGGAUAAACUGUAACGCCAGUAAGGGACCGGAGACGCUUUAUGCUGGACAGAAGCUAAAUGAUAAUGAGUGGCACACUGUCCGGGUGGUGCGCCGAGGGAAGACCCUAAAACUAACCGUGGAUGAUGAUGUAGCUGAAGGUACUAUGGUGGGGGAUCAUACCCGCCUGGAGUUCCAUAACAUCGAGACUGGGGUGAUGACAGAAAAGCACUUCGCGUCGUCCGUCCCGUCCAGUUUUAUUGGGCACCUUCAGAGUCUCAUGUUCAACGGGCUUCUGUACAUCGACCUGUGCAAGAACGGCGACAUUGAUUACUGCGAGCUGAAGGCGCGCUUCGGCAUGCGCUCCAUCAUAGCAGACCCCGUCACCUUCAGGACCAAGGCCAGCUACCUGACGCUGUCCACCCUGCAGGCGUACACCUCCAUGCACCUCUUCUUCCAGUUCAAGACCAUCUCACCCGACGGCUUCAUCCUCUUCAACAGCGGAGAUGGCAACGACUUCAUCGCGGUGGAGCUAGUAAAGGGGUACAUCCACUAUGUGUUUGAUCUCGGGAACGGGCCCAACGUUAUCAAAGGAAACAGCGACAGACCCCUCAACGACAACCAGUGGCACCACGUGGUCAUCACACGAGACAACAGCAACACACACACGCUGAAGGUGGACACCAGGUCCGUGACCCAGGUCAUCAACGGAGCCAAAAACCUGGACCUGAAGGGGGAUCUGUACAUCGCUGGCCUGGCGCAGGGCAUGUACAGCAGUUUGCCGAAGCUGGUGGCCUCUCGGGACGGAUUCCAGGGCUGCUUGGCCUCUGUUGAUCUAAACGGACGCCUGCCGGAUCUGAUCAGCGACGCUCUGCACCGCAGCGGGCAGAUCGAGCGCGGAUGUGAAGACGCUUUGACCAAAGCUAAUCUACAAGGUCCAUCCACCACAUGCCAGGAAGAUUCCUGCGUGAACCAGGGGGUCUGCAUACAGCAAUGGGAGGGCUUCACGUGUGACUGCUCGAUGACAUCAUACUCCGGAACACAGUGCAAUGACCCCGGUGCCACUUACAUUUUUGGGAAGAGCGGAGGCCUGAUCCUGUACACCUGGCCGCACAAUGACAGACCCAGCACCCGGGCAGACCGCUUGGCGGUGGGAUUCAGCACCACGGUGAAGGACGGCAUUCUGGUGCGGAUCGACAGUACCCCGGGUCUCAUGGACUUCCUGCAGCUGCACAUAGAACAGGGAAAAAUUGGAGUGACCUUUAACAUUGGAUAUACAGACAUUUCUAUCCGCGAGGAAAGCACCCCGGUGAACGACGGGAAGUACCACGUGGUGAGAUACACGCGCAAUGGAGGAAACGCCACCUUACAAGUGGACAACUGGUCGGUCAACGAGCACUUCCCCGGAGGGAACACAGAGCUGUAUCAAAAGAAACCCAUCUAUAAAAUGCCCCGGACGCCAGACGACGGGCAGCACGACAAAGGGCUCGGUAUUUCAGGAAUGGAAGAUGCUACAAGACUCCUGAGUCCGGAGUUCAAGAGAGUGGGACCUCCCUUUCAAAAAGGGCGGCCAUUAACCAUCUUCAACACCCAGGCACAGAUAGCCAUUGGAGGGAAGGACCGAGGACGCCCAUUCCAGGGUCAGCUCUCUGGCUUGUAUUACAAUGGCCUGAAAGUGCUCAAUAUGGCGGCUGAACAUAGUUCUCACAUCAACAUUAGUGGGAGCGUGAGGCUGGUGGGAGAGGUUCCCUCCAUCCUGGGAACAACGCCAACCACCUCUAUGCCACCAGAAAUGUCCACCACCAUUAUGGAGACCACCACCACGCUGGCCACCACCACAACCAGGAAGAACCGAUCUUCUCCAGGAUCCACGCUCACCGACGAGCUCGUCUCCUCGGCAGAAUGCUCCAUCACCAGCGAUGACGAAGACAGCGUGGACUGUGAAUCUGCCACAGGUACGUCAGCAAACCCCACGAUGCCAGGAAGCAGACGGGUCCCGGGGGCUUCUGAGGUGGUCCGGGAGUCCAGCAGCACGACGGGAAUGGUCGUCGGCAUUGUGGCAGCCGCUGCCCUCUGCAUCCUGAUCCUCCUGUAUGCCAUGUACAAGUACAGAAACAGGGAUGAGGGCUCCUACCAGGUGGACGAGACACGGAACUACAUCAGCAACUCUGCCCAGAGCAACGGCGCUCUGCUGAAGGAAAAGCAGCACGGCUCGAAGGGCGGCCACAAGAAGCAGAAAAACAAGGACAAGGAAUACUACGUGUAAACGAGUCCUCAUAUGUGUUAUCAAAGCAAAUACCGGUACGUGAACAAAACAAAAACAGCAAAGGCAGAGCGUGCAUUGCUGCCGAUGUACAGAAAUCUAAAUCCCGCAGACAGUAGCACUAACGUUCCAAGAGCGAGAGACGGAGCAUCCGCUGCCUGGUGCCAGAGGCCUGAGAGAGAGCUGGAGACAGCUAACUUUCCUGCUCAUCUGUAAUAUAAAGCACACUUACUCUAUUGCCAGGGAAGGCAAAAAAAAAGAAAUAUAUAAAUCUACGUAUAAAUAUAUAUAUAUAUAUAAAAUAUAUAAAAAGAAGAAAGCUUAGCGAGCUCCAGCUGACCCGUUCUAGGGCUCUCUCCUCCAGCUGCGUGGGUCCAGUUCAGGAGAACCCCUGGGGUCCAUCGCACCGCCACUGAGAGAGCCUUAAAAUACUAAAGCAAGGACCAGACAUACAGUGACUCUGAAACAUUAUUUAUUUCAACUACUAUGUAUUUAUUUUUUUCCAUUUUUAUGUAUCUGGUUUCAAAAGAUUUUUUUUUUUGGCGGUUUUGUUUCGUUUUGAAAGCUCAAAUAACUUUAUUUAUAAAGAAAAACAACACAUGGCCAAAACGUGGCCAUGUACAGCCAAGGAACUGUAGAUUCCAUGUACAAUACCAGGGCGAGUGAGCGAGUGUGAGUGAGGGUGUGUCUGCGAGGUGAGUGACCGCAACCGAAGAUUGUUGCCAUAUUAAAAAAAUCACGGUGUGUUCUCUUUGCAUAUCAGGUCGUGGUGUCUAUAGAACAUAUUGUUUGCGGUAUGUUUAAAUAAAACACAAAAACAAA